AUGUCCUCUCUACGACGCCUGCAGAGGGCCUCCCAACCUCUCUUUCGCUCUCCGGCACGGUUUACACCAAUACUGGUACCAAGAUCACGACCAACAACAUGUAGAACGUACAGCGCCGGAGCCGGAAGCUCAAGUCGAUUGUCUCCGUUCUUCACUGGGCUUCUCUUCGUCGGCGUAGGGCUUACUGCGUACGGACUAUACGACCUCUAUGCGACCCUAACAAUGUGGCCAGAAGAACUCCGUCAGGACCUGCGAGACGCCGUCAAAGCCAAGCACAAGGGCGAUUUGGACACAAGUGCGCGGUACUUCUAUAGAGCUUGGGAAACGGCCAAGCAACUCCCCUUGGAACUGCUGAAAGACCAACCAUGGCUCAAGAUUUCCGGUAUCGCUGUAGCCCUCUCCGAGUCACUCGAGAGCCAGAAUGAAAAACAAAAAGCUUACGAAGUCUACGCGGACUGCUUGACUCGCAUGCAAGAGGCAAUCGCGACCCUCUCAGGGCCGGAAAGACUCCGUGCGGUAGCUAUCGCAGGGAAGCUGGGAGAAGUCGCGGAGGAGCUGCAGAAGUCCGCGGAUGAGGAGGAGAAGUGGCUGUCGUGGGGCGUCGAAGAGGUGCUGAGGCUCGUGAAGGAUGCAAAUGCUGGAGUAAUUAAUCCCCGCGAGGAUAUUACGAGUGAUAACCAGGUGACGCUUGCAGAGCUCGAGCUGCCACCAUGGGUUGACAAGACGGACGUUGGUGCUCCUCUCGAAGCACUCGCUGUCUUCUAUGCUCGGAUUGGAAAAGUCGAAUUUGCCAUGCCGCUGUAUCUUCAAGCUAUAUCCAUCUUGAUUCCGCCACCGCCACAAACAUCACCUCCGGAUGACCAAUGCAGAGGCGCACAGAUGAUGGGUAACCUAUCCGAGUUAAUUAUCCGAGGAAAACCCACUCCGGAGAAGCUGCAACAAGCCGAGUCGUGGGCAAAGCAGGCUUUAGCUAUCUUGCAACGGACACGCCGGCAAUAUGAGCCCAUUCCCAUAUGCGAGUAUGCAUAUGCCGCAGCCCUGUUCAAUAUUGGCAUGCUCCGUGAGAUGAACGGUGACAGAUCGAUGGCGCGGGAAUUUUAUCGACGGGGGUUGGAUCAUUCAAAACUGAUAGGCAUGCCAGAAGGCGUCAACGCAGCUGAGACCGCAUUGCGUCGCGUAGGAGGUUUGACUGAUGCUGAUGCUCAGCAGUCGUAA